AUGUCCAACAUCCAAGUAGUUGUACGUUGUCGUUCCCGGAAUCAAAGAGAGGUCGACGCGAGGUCACCUAUAGUUGUAGAAAUUCCCAAUGACAGAUGUUCCAUUGAUGAUCCAUACAUUACCGUCAACUAUAAUCAUAUCACCACUACAAAUACAAAUACAUCUUCUUCAACUGGCUCAUCAUCACCCUUACUUUCAAAUCAAAGAACAUAUAAAGUAGACCAAGUUUAUGGAUCUCAGGCUGAUCAAUCACUAGUGUUUAAGAACGUAGCUCUUCCGCUUUUCAAUGAGUUCUUCAAUGGGUUUAAUGUCACAAUAUUAGCAUAUGGACAAACAGGAACCGGUAAGACAUUUACCAUGUGUGGUAACGAACCAGAUAUAGACAAGCUUGAAGAAUGCGAUGAAAACAUUGGGAUUAUUCCUCGUGUGUUGCAUGAAUUGUUUAGCAAAUUGAAGGACUCUGAUUGUGAUUAUGUCGUUAAAUGUUCGUACUUGGAAUUGUACAAUGAAGACUUGAAAGAUUUGUUGCAAGAAGAUGCUCGUCCUUUGAAGAUAUAUGAACAGAAUGGGAAACUGGGAAAGUCAAUAAAGAUUCAGAAUUUGUGCGAGCGGCAAAUAACGGAUUACAAACAAGGUUUCAAAUAUUUAAAAAUGGGAUUAGACAAACGGAAAACAGCAGCUACCAAACUAAAUGAUGUUUCUUCAAGAUCACACACUAUAUUUACCAUCAAUUUAUAUAAAAACCACGGAGAACAAGAUUUAUCUGGUGAUUCCCGUUAUCAUAUAGCUAAGAUGAACUUGGUUGAUCUCGCUGGCUCUGAGAAUGUUAAUCGUUCAGGAUCAAUAGUUAAAGAAACUGGAUCUAUAAACCAGUCCUUAUUGACAUUAGGCAGGGUUAUCAACACGCUUUCUGAACAAAAACCUAACCAACAUAUACCGUACCGUGAAUCCAAAUUAACAAGAUUAUUACAAGAUUCCAUAGGCGGGAAUACAAAGACAACAUUAAUUGCUACCAUUUCUCCUGCUAAAGUAAACAUUGAUGAGACUUGUUCAACGUUAGAUUAUGCCAGCAAGGCAAAAAAUAUCAAGAAUAUACCCCAAAUUGGUCACGAAUCCGAUUCAAUAAUGAAGAAAACAUUGGUGAAGAAUUUGUCUGUGGAGAUUGUGAGGUUAAAUUCAGAUUUGGUGGCUACCAGAAGUAAGAAUGGGAUAUACCUUGAUCCCGAAAAUUAUCAGGAUUUAGUACAAGAAAAUGAAUCAUUGAAGACAUCAUUAAAAGAAUCGCAAUUAGCAAAUGAACUGAUACGAUUUAAGUUACAAGAAGUUAAGGAGUCAAGCAAGGUAGAAAUCGACAAAAUAAAAUCAAGAAUGAAUAAGUUGGAUGGUAAAAAUAAACAACUACUGACUGACAACCAUGCUUUACUAAGUGAAACCCAAAAGAUGCUGAUUGAAAAUGAACAAUUGCGACAGAAAUUGAAUCGAGUUUCGGUACAGAUGACUCAUUCUUCCGACAAACUAUCCAAAGUUCUUUUUGAGAAUCUCAACAGUUCAAUUACUACAAUUAAAGACACGAUUACUAAAGAUAGCCAGAAACACAAUAUAGACGAUUUAAUCCAGGCCCAACUUCAAUUAACUUCCCAACUCGAAAAAUAUAAUCAUGAUAUCGAUCUCAAAGUCAAAGCUUCAAAUGAUAAAGUUCGCUCACUUGUUAAUGACGGUUUACUGAAUAUCCUUGAUAAUUAUAGACUAUUAUCAGACAAGAUACUGACUAACCAACGAGAGUAUAUAAUUUCCCUACAACAACAAAUUUCUCAAUUGAAACAAUCAAAUGAACAACUUGCAACUUAUUUGAGUACCGAUAGAUUGGCAUUAUUAAGUAAUAACUUAUCUGAACAAAUUACUGGGAUAACAGAGCUGGUCUUUACUGAAUUCAAGAAUACCAUUAUAAAAUCUAUUGAUGAUAACAAGAACAAGCUUUGUAAUAGUCAACUACAGGCAGUACGUGGAAAUGUCGAUAAAGAGAGUCAAAUUUUGCAACAACACAUGAUGUCAUGGCGACAGGAAUUAAGCAAUAUUUUCCCUCUGAUUGAAAAAGAAGUUGGUGCCCAUGAUCAAAAUGUUCAGUCUUCUAUGAAGAGUGCUGCAAAUUUUGGUAAACAGGGUCAAGAAAGGAUUAACGAAUUAUUACAUGAGAGCAACACUUUUUCAUUAUCUGAUAUACCACAACCUGAUAUUACCAAAUUAGAGACGAUAUCCAAGAACUUAUCCACUGAUCAUGAUAAGCUUGUCGAAGAUUUAACUCAUGUGAAGAAUAACCUUGGUGAGAUUGAAUUAUUUGAUGCCAAGAAUGCAUUCAAGAUAUCUCCAAUUAAAAUAGCACAAUCAACAGCAUCUCCAGAUAAAAAGCAGCUGACUCCAUCACGUCGUUCCCCACCAGCACAAGUAUCAAGGAUUGCACGUGCUUCGACUAUAGUGGGUAGUGUUCGGAAUAGAGAUGAUACUAAAAUACCAAAGUUAAAUCGAAGUAAAUCAUUUGAUGAUAAGGAGAACCGUAAUGUCAAGAGAAGAAAGAUUUUGCAAUUGAUCGAUAAUCAAUAGAAGGAUUGUACUUUCCUAUAUUAAUAGCUUGUUUUUUGUUUUGUUUUGUUUUGUUUUGUUUUGUUUUGUUUUGUUUUGUUCCAGUGGGGUGUGUAUAUUCAACUGCUGUAUUAAUAAUAGAUUGGGUUAGUCUGUUUAUAGUUGUACAAUUAAUAGAUCUUUAAUUAGGUA